AUGUUUUGCCGCAAAGAACUCAAAUUAAUCUACGUAACUGUUGUUAUUUUACUUGAAGCAGAACUAUUAGUGAACACGAAGGCUAUGGAUUCGCAGAAGUAUUCCAUUACUAUAACACAAAACAGUGACGAUUUUAAAUCUUUGGAACUAUGUACGACAAGAAAUCAACAGAGGUUGGGCAGCGUAUUUGGUAACUUUACAAGACAUCACAAAAAAGGACACAGAAGAAGAACUACUACGUCAACUACAACUUCAACACAAACUACAAUUGUUUAUACAACUAUUGAGAAUGUCGAGGAUUCAUCAGACAUUUAUACUACAAAAGCGUAUUCAUUAAGUACCCAAUCCACAAUCUUAAAAUUACCCAAGCCACUGAGGCUUUCAUCACUGAUGCUUGAUAAAGAUUAUGGAGAAGAUGUAGAUAAUUUUGACAAAAUCAUUGAAAAAGAAGUCAAAGAUGUUAUAGUAAGUGAACGACAUCAUUCUAAGCACUACGAAAGAAAUAAAAAAGAAAUUCUUGUUGAAUUAAAUGAGGCAUCACUCUCAAAAUCAUUAAACAAAAUAAAGAAAUUGUAUAGGGAUUCAACUGCCUCUGCAAUUAAUAAGCUUAAUAGCAAAACAAGUAAGAACGGAAUAUUUUUGACCGAUAACUGUACAACAGUUGUCGCCCAAAUCGGAACCACAGCUAUUUUACAUUGCGAAGUUAGUGAUAUAACCGAAAAUACGGUUACUUGGAUAAGAAGAAAAGAUUACUCUCUUCUCUCAGUAGGACUUGUUACCUACAGCACUGACAGCAGAUUUUUUUCAGCCCAUGGACGACACGUCAAGGAUUGGGCAUUACACAUAAGAUUUGUAACGUCAGCUGAUGCAGGUUACUAUGAAUGCCAAGUUCCAACACAUCCACCUACAAGUAUUUUUUUUCAAGCUUAUUUUAGUCGCGGCGUAUGCUGA